AUGAAGAAGAGAAAAUUGUUUCUUGGAAUUUUCCAAAUCAUUCUCCAUACUCUGCUUUUCAGAAGAAGAAAACGCCCCAUUCACCGCUUCCUUACUCUUGCCUCUGCUUUAUUUGGUGCUAUUCUUUUCUUUAUUCUGUUUUUCUCUCCUCCCAUCCACCAACAUCACCUUAUCAAUCCCAUCUCGUUCAUUAACGGGACGGGCUUUCACAUGAACCUGCAACAACAACAUGUCUUUCGUGUUCCGAUGGGUGGAGGAAGUUUAAGCGGAGACGUAUGGAUUUCGAAGCAAUCGAAAUUCUAUCAUGGCUGCAGUGAUUCCAGCAAUAAUUUUCCAACUGCAGAGGUGAAUACUCAUCCCAAUAGGUACUUGAUGAUUGCAACUAGUGGAGGCUUGAAUCAACAGAGAACAGGGAUUGUAGAUGCAGUUGUUGCAGCUCAUAUUUUGAAUGCCAUCCUAGUAGUUCCAAAACUCGACCAGAAAUCCUACUGGAAAGAUUCAAGUAACUUCUCUGAGAUUUUUGAUGUCGACUGGUUUAUCUCACGAAUCUCAAAAGAUGUCAAAAUUAUUAGGGAUCUUCCAAGAAUCGGAGAUAAAAUCAUAACUCCAUAUACAACACGCGUUCCAAGGAAGUGCAAUGCCAAGUGUUAUCAAACUCGCAUCUUGCCUAUUUUAAAGAAAAAGCACGCCGUUCAGCUAACAAAAUUUGACUAUAGGCUUUCCAAUCGAUUGACUACAGAUAUGCAGAAGCUGAGAUGCAGAGUCAAUUAUCAUGCAUUGAAGUUUACUGAUCCCAUAACUGAAAUGGGCAGAAAAUUGGUUGAAAGGAUAAGAAUGAAAAGCAAGCACUUUGUUGCCUUGCACCUGAGGUUUGAACCAGAUAUGCUUGCAUUCUCUGGAUGCUAUUACGGUGGAGGAGACAAGGAAAGGAAAGAACUAGGUAAAAUACGAAAGAGGUGGAAGACAUUACAUGCAAGAAACCCGGAUAAGGAACGAAGGAACGGAAAAUGCCCUCUCACUCCUGAGGAAAUUGGCCUUAUGCUUAGAGCACUUGGUUUCGGUAAUGAUGUUCAUAUUUAUGUGGCAUCUGGAGAAAUUUAUGGUGGAGAGGAGACAUUGGCUCCUCUCAAGGCUCUAUUUCCAAAUUUUUAUUCCAAAGAUACAAUUGCCAGCAAGGAGGAAUUGGCACCAUUCUCUUCCUUUUCUUCUCGGAUGGCUGCGUUAGACUUCAUGGUUUGUGAUGAGAGCGAUGUUUUUGUAUCCAAUAACAAUGGUAAUAUGGCAAGAAUGCUCGCUGGAAGAAGGAGAUAUUUUGAUCACAAGCCAACUAUCCGCCCAAAUGCGAAGAAGCUUAAUAAUUUGCUCCUUCGUCGAAAUAACAUGACAUGGGAAGAGUUUGCCUCACAAAUUCGAACGUCUCAAAUAGGUUUCAUGGGCGAGCCAAUGGAGGUGAAGCCAGGCAGGGGAGAGUUUCAUGAAAACCCAACAGCAUGCAUUUGUGCAGAUUCUGAAAUGGACACUGGUGCUGCUACUAUUAGUGCUAGGAGAGAUAUGGGUGAAGUCACUGAUGGUCAGGUAGGUGAAGAAGAGCAAGAAUGGUCUGAUACAGAAUAUACGGAGAAUGAACUUGAAAUUCAAUGAAGAGGGCUUCUGAAAGACAUGAUGCAGAGUCUGGCUGAUUUUAUAAAACAGAAGAGUCAGAAAUAGAAGAUGGUUUUCUUGGAUUAAAGAGAAGUUGCAGAUGGGGGCAGGUCCUCAUUUUG